AUGAUGAAUCGUUUUGGUGAUAUCGAUACUUCGUUUAAAAACCUUCCACCUGUUUAUGGUUAUCAUGUUGAAAAACUUGUUCCAAUUGAAAAAGCACUAGAGCCUAUCGAACCUCAGAUUAAUGAACUGCCUCGUUUUAUAAAGAUAGCUAAACGAAAUUGCCAUUUUCCGUCAGAACGUGGACUAACACAUGAUCAAUCAGCUGCUGUUUAUAUCUAUACAAUGGAAUGGGGCAAUACUUCUUUGUAUCAUAUGUUAAAUAAAGCAUUACGAUCUGAAAAUCGACAAGCAUUAAAGAUAUGGUUUCCAUAUUUAAAAUUAUUUGACACAGCAUUGGACAAGUUACCUACUGUCAAAGGGGCGGUAUGGAGAGUUCAUGUUCGUUAUCAGUCGGUGUUAUUAAAAAUUUUCUUGACAACAACAAAAAUUCAACGCUUUUUUAUGAUUGAAGCUGUUAAAGGAAUACAAAUUUCUGGAUAUACAGGAUAUGAAAAUGAAGAUGAAAUUAUUUUACGAAUGGGCUCCCGUUUCCGUGUGAAAAGCAAUCCUUUAGAUCUUUCGUAUGGUCCACUUGUUGUACAUUUAAUUGAAAUCGAUGACAACAAUGAUCAAACAUUGAUAUCUGUUAUGAAUGAAAUCCAACCGGCAAUAACAUUAUCAACUAAAAGUACAUCAGGUAAAUUAUUUUUUACUUUUUUUUAA